ACAUUCCACAAGAAAUAGUAAACAAAACUCAUUCCUCUUUCUUCUUCGAUUCGAUUCGUUUCUUCUUCAUUCGACGCCAAAAAAAACCUAAGUGCUCUGCUGCAAACUCUUUGUUCCUCAGCGAGAAGAAAAUCUAUAACCAAGAGAUUGGUUUCACCGAUCUCUCUUUCUCUAUAUCUCCUCGCUGGGUACGUAAAGUUAGCUGCAUCACACAAAGCUGAGAUUGUUGGAGGUCUGUUUAAAAUCAAAUCUCAAUGUCGUGGAGGAGGAUUCUCCAUAAUCACUAGGCUCUCUUACCUUCUCAAUCUCAUGCUCACAUUCUCUUCCUUGUCUAUGGCGUUUACUCUCACCUCUCAAAAGCUCUGCGUCUUUGGCCCUGUGUUGAAUCCUUCUUUCCCUUACUGCAUCGCCAAUCACUCCUCUGCCUCCCGUUAAUUCAUUUACACAACUCUUGCCUCCUUCAGUCUCUACUCUCGAUAUUUUACUUGUGGUACCUUCUUUACACAUUCCUGUGAGUCUCUACUUUAACUGAAGCUCAAGACCUAUAAUGAUCCAAGACCAGCCUCUUGUUGUAUUCUCCCUCCGGCGCAACUCUUUCAGACGCCGAUCCUCCAUAACCAACCUCGACGACAGAGGCUGGACUCCGCUCCACGUCAAAGCUCGAAAAGGCGAUUUGAAAUCCGUCAAGCAGCUGCUCGACCAAGGGUUUGAUGUCAACGCUCUAGCGUGGGGACCUAAGUCGAAAGGAGUGAGCCCUCUUCACCUUGCUGCAGAGGGAGGUCAUAUAGAAGUCAUGGAUCUGCUUCUUGAGCGUGGGGCUAACAUUGAUGCGAGGACAUGGGGCUCCUGCGGGUGGACUCCUCUCCACGCUGCGGCUAAAGAGCGGAAGAGAGAAGCUGUGAAGUUUCUGGUGGAGAAUGGUGCGUUCUUGCCGGAUGAUAUAAGUGAUACGAGGUUUAAUCCGCCGGUGCAUUACUGUCAUGGGCUGGAGUGGGCGUAUGAGGAGAUGAAGAAGCUUAACAGCGAGUCUUCCUCUUCUGGUGGAGACACAUCUUCCAGUUCUGAGAACUGAGUCUUUGUUGCUGUGUUUUUUUUUUUCUCAGGUCUUGCCGUUGAGAAAAUGUCAGAACUCAGCGUUAUGGUUUGUCAGAGAAUGUUAUGGUUUUGUGUUUGGUUUAAAAUUGCUAUAUGUGAAACUGCUGGUAUGCUAUGCAUAAUAAAUCUUCUGUAUGUGAUACUUUUGUUUGUUCUGGAUGAAGCAAAUAUGAGCACACUGGUUUUGAUUUCA